AUGACGGUCCUCAAUCUCCGUCUGCUUGGACUCGGCGUCCUCAAAUUCUGUCUCGCAGUCAUCUCUAUUUCGGACUUGGUCAGAGGUGCGCAGAACUGCGAAGACCCAAACCCAGCACCCGAGUCAAUUGGCUUUGACACGUUGCCUUACAACUUCACCUUGGCUGCUGCGAAUGCAUCCCUGGCCAACGCCGCGGACUUGACGGGAGCCCCGCUAGUUCUCGGUGCAGGCGGUGCUACGGGAGGAGUCAUGAUUUAUGUCACUUCCACGUAUUCAUCCUUUCCAUAUAACCAAUAUCCGACCUUAGGCCUCGUUAAUCGCGCCUUGAGGGCUUUCGAUGACUGGGGGAACUGGUGCGUGAACGCUACGACUAUACGAAGCGGGGAACGCCUCGUAUGGUCGCGAAGCGUCAUGUACCCAAAUCCAGAGGACAACUCUCGCGUCUACUCCGUCAUCCAAACGCCUUCUAACCCAUAUCCUGUUCUUGCCGCCCAUAACGUCUCCACCCUGUGGUCACUGUGCCCUUUCCCAGGUCCUCGGGCACAGACUCAGCUGGUGUUCAAUGUCUCUGCCGUACGGCACCCUCCUGACAGCGACUACCUUCCUUUCGACCCGGAUCUUUGUUAUCAUGUGAUGCUCCACAUCAUCCCUGCGGGCUUCUCGUCUUAA